AUGUUCUGGCAGAGACUUGACAUCCAAAUCCUCCCCUACAUCCCAUGGUGUGAGGGAGAUGAUGGAGUGCUGAGAGAAGUGCACCCUGAGUCACCAUGGACCGAUUUCUAUCCACAGGGCAUGUGGAUUGAUGAUAUUCACCACCAGUGGAAGGGUGAAACAACUGAAGCAAAGCUGCCCUACCUCCCUGCAUCAACAGAGGAGGAGGUUCUGGCACAGCACAGAGAGCACUGCAGCAAGGACUGUUCCUUUCUGGCUCUUAAAGCAGUGCAGGCCAGUCAGGAGCAAAUUGAGCUCAGUUCUGAAGAAGUCCUGUGCUUCAGCUUGGUCUUCCCCCUCCAUGGUCCCAACUUCUGUCAGAUUGCUUGUGACCUUGGUGUGCAGGUAACCUGCAGCCAGGUGGGUGGCUUCUACUACCAGAGCAAGGAGGAUGUCAUGACUGCCCUUGUACAGGAACAAGAUCAGAUGAUGCACACCAAUGCAUCUCAAUCUAUCUUCCUCUUGCAGGAGAUCAUGAGUGGCAGAGAGCAGGAGAAGAAAGAUGCCUACAUGUAUUGCACCUGCCAGGGCCAGUUUGCCAAUCACACUGAGGAUGCAAUAGCAAAUGUGGGGGCCACCAACAAGACCAUGGCUGGCCAGCAGCAUGUCUACUUCUAUGCCACCAAGGAUAUCCCUACAGGCACCCACACACUCUUUACCAAACACAACACCAUCCUUUCCUAA